AAAGUGACAACAAAAAGAACGCACUGGGAGACAUCAUUGCUGGAAAGAAAGUCUCUUAUUUCCAAAGAGUCUUUGGAGGAAAACGGUGUGAAGCUGCUCAUGGAACGUGGAACAUGAAACCUUUAACAGUAGUGAAAACUCCAGACGUCUUCAGUCUGUCUGAGGAGAUCCUGAGAAAAGAAGUGAAAAGAUAUGUGGAUCUCUGUUCUCCUGGACCAAAUGUUCUGCUGCUGUUAGUGAAACCUUCAGAUUUCACCGAAGAAGACAGAAAAACUCUCAAGUUUAUCCUGAGUCUGUUUGGUGAAGACGCCUUCAAACACUCCAUGGUCAUCAUGACUCACAACGAAGACGGACAGAAUCAGUCGGUGGAAAAACUCCUACAAGACUGCAGGCAAAAGCAGCACAGCAUCAAUCUUGAUAUAAAAGAUCCUUCAGGUCAUGAAGUACAAGAGUUAAUGGAGAAAAUGGAAACUAUAGUGAGUGACCUCAGGGGAAGAUAUCUGACACUAACUGAAGAAGAGGAUCAGACAGUGAUGAACCUGGUCCUGUGUGGUAGAAGAGGAGCUGGGAAGACUUCAGCAGUCAACGCUAUUCUGGGACAAAGAAAGUUUGGUGGACCUGAAGACUCAUCAGAGUGUGUUAAAACCCAGGGAGAGGUGUGUGGACGUCGGGUUUCCCUGCUGGAGCUGCCUGCCUUGUAUGGAAAACCUCAGGAGGCAGUGAUGGAGGAAUCAUUCAGGUGUAUCUCCCUCUGUGAUCCUGAGGGUGUCCAUGCCUUCAUCCUGGUCCUACCUGUGGGUCCCCUCACUGAUGAAGACAAGGGAGAGUUAGAGACCAUCCAGAACACAUUCAGCUCUAAAGUCAGAGACUUCAUCCUGAUUCUGUUCACUGUGGAGUCAGAUCCUACAGCUCCAGAUGUUGUUGACUUUAUCAGACAGAACAGAGACAUCCAGGAGCUCUGUCAGAGCUGUGGAGGAAGAUCUGUUGUUGUCAAUAUGAAGGACAAGCAGCAGAUCCCAGAGCUGCUGGAUCAAGUGGACAAGAUGAGACUGUCAGUUCAGAAACCUCACAGCUACACAACAGGAACAUUUGCUCAUGGCCAAAUGGAAAAGAUCCUACAGCUAGAAGCAGUCAUCACCAACCAACAGACUGAAAACCAGAAACUGAAGAAAUCCGAUCAGCAGAGCCCAGAGAGUCUCAGGAUUGUGCUGAUCGGGAAGACUGGCAGUGGAAAGAGCCGUUCCGGAAACACCAUUCUGGGAAAAAAGGAGUUUGAAGCUAAAGCAGGCCAACAAGGUGUCACCAAACUUUGUCAGAAGUCAAUGGGUAAAGUGGACGGACGUUCUGUUGUCGUGGUCGACACUCCUGGUCUGUUUGACAACACUUUGUCUAAUGAUGAAGUAACUGAAGAGAUGGUGAAAUGCAUCAGUCUUCUGUCUCCAGGACCACAUGUCUUCCUGCUGGUGCUACAUAUCGGCAGACUCACCCCAGAGGAGAAGGAGGCUCUAAAACUCAUCAAAGAAGGUUUUGGGAAGAAUUCUGAAAAAUUCACCAUCAUUCUUUUCACAAGAGGAGAUUCAUUAAAACAGGAGAAUCAGUCCAUUGAAGAAUACAUAGAAACAUGUGAUGAGUCCUUCAAGAAGCUGAUCUCUGACUGUGGAGGAAGAUACCACGUGUUUGAUAACUAUGAUGAACAAAACCAAACACAAGUCAGUGAACUGAUAACAAAGAUCGACACCAUGGUGAAGGAAAAUGGAGGAAGCUGCUUCACCAACGAGAUGCUGCAAGAAGCUGAAGCAGCCAUACAGAAAGAAACGCAGAAAAUCCUGAAGGACAAGGAAGAAGAGAUGAAGAGAAUGAUGGAGGAAGUGAAAAGAAAACACGAGGAAGAAAAGGAAGGAAUGAAAAGAAGAAUAGAAGAAGAGAGAAGAAAAAUUGAAUGGAAGAGAAAACUGAGAGCAAAACAACUUGAUGACAUGGACAAGGAGCAUGAGCUGAGAAAGAAAGAAGAAGAAACCAGAGAAGAAGAGAAAAGGAAAAGGGAAGCAGAGGAAGAAAAACACAGACAGAAUCUAAAAAAGGAACUGCAAAUGUUGGACAAAAAAAUUCAAUCAGACCAAGAAGAAAAGAAUAGCACUGACAGAAAACUGGAAGAGACCAGAGACGAGAUGAGAAAGAAACAAGAAGCCUGGGAGGAAGAACGAAGAGAGUGGUGGAAGAAACGAGAACAAGAAGAUGAAGAGAGACAACGGGAGGAGAAAAGAAGAAUGGAACUUCAGGAGAAUUUAAAGAAGGAACGAGAUGAAUAUGAAAAGAAAAGAAAAGAAGAAGACCAAAUCAGGAGAGAAGAGGAGGAGAGGAAAUAUGAAGAAUUAGAAGAAAGCUACAAAACAGAGCUAAUAUAUAUGAAAAAGAUGUACGAAGAGAAAGCCAGAGAGAGAGCUGAAGAGUUAAAUGACUUUCACAUGAAACACAUGGAAUACUAUGCAGCUCUAAAUGAACAGCAUGCUGAACAAAUGAAAGCUAAAGAUCAGAAGUAUGACCUCCUAACUGCACUUGCAGCCCACAGUGAAAUACAAGAGAGAGAAAAACAUCACAAACAACUGAAGGAUUUUGUGAAAAUUGUGUCCAAGAAGAAAGGAAAUCUGAGAAAGAUCAGUGACGUACUGGAAAAACAAGAGGAGGAGUUGAAGAAAGUGGAAAAUGACACGGAAAAGGGAAAUCUGCAGAAAAAACAUGAAGCACAACUCAGUGAAUUGAUAGAUGAACUUCUGAAGAAAGAUGGAGGGAGAUGGUGGAAGCCUGUCAAGACACCUCGUCCGUCUGAAAAAGAGGACAGCGGACUUAUUGGCACAUUUCACAGUUUAGGGAUCCCAGGUAGCCACUACUAACACAACGUUCAAUGAGGCUCCUCAGUCAGGACAUGAUCACUCUGCUAGGAAUCUUAACAUGGAAGGAUGGACUCAGGUGUUUCUA